GACGGUCGGUGCUGCGUGCACUGCGGUCGGAUGCGAGGUCGAAAUGAAGUGAUAUAUCGGCGAGCUUGCAAGGCCUGUUUCGCUGCGCGCUCGUGCGCCGUCUGCCACGCUGUGCCGCCGGCGUCGCUGGAGACCCCGCAGUGCGAGAUGUGCGACAACCUCGCUCUGUGGUGUCCUGAGUGCACAACACCAGAGCAGCGGGCGGCGGGCCUGUGUAAAACACAUUGGGAUUCCCCCGAGUGCGCAUUCUGUUACAGGACCGAGGACUCCGCCACCAAGGAACCGCUGCAGGUGUCCAUGAUUGAAUGCGGAACAGAGAGCUGCUCCAAAGUCGUGAGGAGCUGCUUUGUGUGCUCGUCGCAUUUCAAGCAGAGCGCGGCGCUGUGCGACGUGUGCUGGAAGGCAGCUGGCUCCAAGUGCAUCGGAUGCGGUGUCAAACCAGCCCGGACCGCCAGGGUAUACCAGCACUUUUGCAAGAAAUGCUUCGGGGAGGAGAGGCUCGCAGACCUCGUCCGCGACGAGAGCAGGAAGUUCCUCGCCGACGAGCCGCGACCGCAGAGGCUCGACGACGACGUACUCCUCGCUCUGGCAAAGCCCGAGCCCGGGUCCUUGCCGAAGUACGCGGAGACGCCCGAGUACCUGGACCCGAACCAUUGCCGCUUCUGCAAGCAACCGUGGGGUGACUCCCACGACGACGACAAGCGACGGCACCUGCUCGAGGAGUGCAGGCAUGAUCUCCAUCAACGAGACGGCGAAGACAUUCUCCAGACGUACCGGAGGACAGUGCUCGAACGGGCGCGCGCAGAGGGCCUGGACGCGGUCAGUCCGCAGGUGGGCAGGUUUUGUGUGGCGCAGUACAAGCAUGCGCAGACGGACGAACGAUACGUCCAUGAUGCCUGUGCCGUCUGCUGUCGAAAGACGCCCAAGUGCGACUUGAAUCGAGUUCACAUCCCAUCGUCGAGCAGCGCAAAGUGCCCGGAGUGGUUGUCGUGGUCCGAAGAGUUCUGGAAUGAAAACAAGGAGACGUGGUACGAGCAGGUCGACAAGCUCCUCAGCAUUGAACAGUAUUUGAAAAAGUUCUUAAAGGUGUCUGAGCGAGCCCAGGAAGCGCGAGAGAGCGUGGAGGCGUGCAGCCGCGGGGAGCCGCACGAGCUCGGGUUCACGAAGGUGGAGGACGCAAAGAACUGGGUCGACCGCGUGCGCCUUUGGGAAGACAAUCUGAGGAGAGACAUGCGGGAGCACUCCGUUGUCUCUCCAGGUGAUCCGAAUCAUCGGCGGGUAUUGUACAAGUCCGCAGUAUGCACGGAUGCGCCCGAGGGCAGCGGCGGAGAUCUUCGCGUGAGCAUGUGCAAGGAGUGCGCCGAAGCAUUGUCGAACACGCACACAGACAGCCGCGGGCGGUGCCGCCCGCGGCUGCGCAUGCCCAGCGAGGCUCUCGCGAAUGGCAUGUGGCGUGGUCCUGACCCGGAAGAGCUCACGAACUUAACGUACACCGAGUGCAAGGUGAUCAACCUGGCGAGGGUGUACGUCAGCGUGAAGCGCGUGUUGUUGGACAGGGCGUCUUUCGCCAGGACGAGUGCCGACGAGGCGCCGCGCUAUCACCAGACGAACGUUGUUGCGUACCCGCAGAGCCCCGACGCGGCUCUGACUGCCAUCGGACUGUCGCCGAUGGCCCUGGCGCACACUCUGAUCGUCCAGUUCGUGGGAAGCCGCGCUGACGGUAUCUGGCAUCAUCCUGACUUGCAAGUUUCCGUGGUGCGACUUCGAGCAGCAUUUCGUUGGUUGUGCUCCAGCAGCUGGAACCACAUGGAAGCCACGCGACACCAUGCCGCAUGUGCGGAUUCUGGCUUACUCCACGAGUCGAUCGAGGAGUUGCUGGACGCGUACGCGACGAGCGUUGGUGGAUCCUCGGGCGUUCCGCGCGAGCUCGUCGACUCGGCGACGUCGAUCAGCGGCUCAAGAGCUUCGGUGCAGUCUAAAGGACCAGCUGACUGCACGGAAGAAGGUGAACGCGACACGGAGGAGAACGGGCCCGAGGAGGCGGAAAACGCCGCCGUCGUGAACGGCGGUUUAGCAGACGUCGACUCCCUGCAGCUGUGGACACAGGUUAUCAAACACUUUAAGGCGGCACAGCGGUUUAAAGAGGAAUUGGCCGCUCUAGACCCCGCCGACUUAUCUGCUCGCGCCGAGAAGAAGAGAAUGCACGGUGUGAGCAUGGCCCAGGCCAUCGAAGACCUGGAGAAGCUGUCGAAUGAGAAGAUGCGAAAACGUUUGGAAGAGCGGGCGCGGUCGGAGUCUGACGACAGAGCGCCCUUGAAGAUCACGCACGAGACCACGUUCUUGUCUGCUCGCACGCCGAACUUUUGGGCGUCCUGCUUCGUUCGGCUGUUUCCUCGGGGAGACUGUCAGGAAACAUGCCCAGAACGUAAAGCGGCGGAUAGUACCGUAUCGUUCUUGUCUUCCAAUAAGUGGACCCAGUGCUUACUUAAACGAGCAGAUUGUGAUUACUGGCGGAAGGACCUGGAGUUCGUCGCAUCCGUGGUCAACAUCUUUAUGCGUCGAGAUCAGAUGAGCAAGGUGGAAGCGUGCAUGAGGGAGACGCCCGGCGGCGGCUUCAUGGGCAUAACUCCCGAUGAGAUGCAAAGGAUGAACGAGAUCACAGCGGAAGGUUUGGUUGCCGCCGCGAUCGCGAUGGGAGGUGAUGCGAAGGGCAUGAGCGAUCUUCUGAGGAAUAAAAAGUUGACCCAACCAGUCCGCACAGCCGCUGACAAAAUGCAGGCCGUGUCCCGGAAAGUGCGUGGAUCUGCCGAAGAGCGGGACUCGUACAGGUGGAAUUUCCGAGCUCUUCAGAUAAACUCGGGCUGCUCGACUUUGUUCUUUACGCUGAAUCCCCACGACAUUCGCAGUCCGCUGACGGUGCUCCUGGUGCAGGACGGCGCGGAGAUGCAGAGGCUAUUCUCCCUGAACAUGAGCGACAAGGAGGCGGAGGACUGGAUGAAAGAAUUUCAAGCAGAGCACCCUCGUCUUCUCCACCGUCGCGUGGCGCAAGACCCUUACUAUGCCCAGAAAGUUUUCCACUCGACCGUCAAAGACGUGAUUCGCUAUAUAUUCAACUGCGCUGAUGGACCCUCGAACCUGCCUCCGGAUGGCAUCGCGGCGAGCGAGGUGCCCGGUGUAUUCGGGUACGUGCGCCCCUAUCUCGGAGUUGUUGAGGAACAGAUGCGGAAGGCGCUGCACAUACACAUGCUCGUGCAGAUUCUUGGCUUCUCGCAUCCCGACGAUAUCUUCAAGAAGAACUCUUUCCUCGACGAAUUUAAGCGUCUCUACUACUAUCACGCCUCAGUCAUGUUCCGCAGCCAGGAAGCCGUAGCGCAUCAUUUCGCCGUUCCCGUGGCGAUGAGAACCACCGCCGGGCUGCCGUUGUUCCCGGUGACUCUGAAGCAGCGGAGCAUGAUCGGCAGCGCUCGCGUUGAGGAGAGCAACCUCGCGCAGACUGUGGCGCGCGGACUCGACGUGCCGCCUGCUUUAUCCAGGAGCGUGCCUGAGUAUCCAUUCUUCGUGGGUUCGUAUCACGGCGACGAGAACGUGUCCGGUAGCGACUGGGGCAGCCGCGCUGUUGUCGAGAUUUUUUCAAGGAGUCGCAAGACGGGAAACCACGUGUGCAAGCCGUCCGUCUGUCACAAGGGAUUGUUACCAGUGGCCUACUUCAAGCUUUCCUACCAUUCAUGCUUCGGCCGCUGUUGCAAUCACGACAUCCAAGUGCUCCCGCGGUUGCGCGCUCUGAAGAGCAGCAGCCCAGACGCCGUGCCCGAUGAGGCAGAGGUUGCCACCGCCAGAGCGGGACUGAUAGAGCAGCAGGCGGCGAAUGAGUUUUACUGUUCGUCAUACUCUAGCAAGUCCGCGCCGCACGCGGAGGGACUCGUGCUGACUCUUGCAGUCUCGCUCCAUCAGAAAGAGCAAGACGCGAAGGAGGCUGCUGGCCGCGGCGACGAGCCUGUGAACGUGCACGAGAAGGCGAAGCGGAUUCUCCACAGGCUGUUGUCGGCGACGAACAACAGGAUGCACAAAGGGUUUCCAGAGAUGCUCAGUUACCUGCUUCAGGGGCCGACCCUGUACUCUAGCCACGAGUUCGUUACCGUCUUGACGCCAGGCCUCAGCAUGCUGAUCUCGAAAAGGUUGAGCGAGGUCGCAACCGGUGCAGAGACGAGUGGACCCUCCACUGCCGCGAGUCCGUACUCUACGAAACUCUACCGAAGGCCGUUCCUGACGGAGUACGAUUACCUCUACCGCCCCGACGAGCUGGAGGAUUUCCCAUUGUACUUUUACUUCGCGGCUUGCGAAGCUCGGCAAGCUCGCCCUGACGGACAUCGCCCCGUGAACACUCUGGCGUGGCACGUCGCGGCCGACGGUAAGCGUCAGUUCUCUGCGGAAAAGCUAUACAGCCGGGAGCACGAAAAAGUGCCUCUGCGCGGAGAUCCUUCGGAGCAUCACCCCCUCGGGCCUGAGCUAUACAAGUACGCGUACUACGUGACCGUCCGCUUGAGCAUCGCGUGGCGGAUACCUGUUCUUCGCGGAUUUCUCCCUCCGUGCCCGGAGGCAAAGAAAGACGGAGAUGGCGAAGCUAAGAGAUUAGAAGACGAGGUUAAGUACGCGGUGUACGUGCAACUGCUCUUUCGACCUUUCCGAACAGUGGAGGACGUGCUGCGUCGCGCCCCGCCCGCGCCGUGGACGCACAUACCUGCGGAGUACUACGGCGCAUUUUUGAAUGAGUUCGAGGAUUGGCGCAGCACUCAGGAGUCCAUCGCUUCUCGAGCACGUAGUGAUACGCCACCUCUCAGCAAGGGAUGGUGGGCUUGUCGCGUGUGUGAAUGCCUGAGGAAUUACGACCUCGUCGCAAAGCGCCACGUAUCGGUUGUUGAUCGUGUGCCGACAGGGGACGCUCUCCGUGGUUAUCCCGACGCUGCUGCCGAUAUCGAUGGCCCCGAUGCGAACAGGGCCGACGACGAGGAGAUGUUGAUGGAGUCCGAUUCGGACGAGAGUCCCGGCGAUGCUGCGAUGGAGGACGAUGCCCCCAGUGAUGCGGCAGUUCCUCGCGCGUCGGGUCGCGAAGCAGAUCCAGUCAGCCAGCUUUGCGGAACCGUGGACAUUGACUUGAACGAACUGGUCAACUCGGCAACUCUGGCGAGAAGCAGAUCCAACGAGGCAAAAUAUCUCCGUGGCUUUAUCGAAGAGGAAAAGAAGUGCGUUUCCAGGCGCACAGCUGCCGCUGACGGCGACGGUGCGUUCCAAGAGUGCUCGUUGUCAGCACGAAAGUCGCUCAUCGUCUCUGACAUGCAGCAGAAAUUUUUCAAGAUCGCCAACGAGGGCGAGGAUAAUGUCGAGAUGGUCAGGAAAGUCGAGAAGACGAAGUCAGAUGUGCUACAGCAACGCAUCGACGCGGCGAUGGCGAGAAUUCCCGUAGCACUUGAGCGCAAGGUGCCCUUGUUGGCCCGUAAGUCAUCGACGUCUGUUGUAGAGGCUGCGCUGUUCUUGUUGAGCCAAAAGGUUCUCGACAUCCCUGAUGUGGGCGGUAUCAACGUGAAGCAGGCGCGGGCGUUUCUGUGGAAUGCGUUGUGGCUGCAAGACGUGAUGAAUCGGGAAUGGUCCCUGGACGACCCGCCCGGAUCGCAGUUCUCUUCGAGCUCUUCUUUGGCGGACGGCUUUCAGCUCGCGCUCAUGGGCCCCGGCGGCACCGGUAAAACUGCGGUGCUCCGCGUUACGGAGGCAUUGGUCUCUUAUUUUUUGGGUGCCGAAUCCGUGCGAAAGUGUGCUCCAUCCAACUCGGCGGCCCGGCUCAUCGGCGGCGACGCCAUACGCGCUGUGUGUAAGCUCCCGUUCGGGAACAUUUCCGUCAGGGACCGGAAAGCCCGUUUGAGUGUUGCUGCGCUGGAAAAGCACAGACAACGCUGGAAGAAAGCUCGCGCGUGCUUCAUUGACGAAGUGUCUAUGGUCUCCAGUGACCAGCUCCAUGCCUCCGAGGUCCGCAUCAGGGAAGCGAAGGAUGACAGGAAACCCUUCGGUGGCCUCGGUAUGAUUCUUUCUGGAGACUUCUUGCAGUUGCCCCCCGUGGAUCCAGGAGACGCGCAGAAGAGUUUAGCGACUCCUCUGAAGGAGACUGGCGCCCUGGACGCGGCCCCUGAGAACCCCGACGCAAAGGAUCAGGACGCGAAGCGAAAGAAGCUCGCCGAUGCCGCUCAGGGGGUUCCGUUGUGGCAACGGGCACGGCAUGUCGUGUGCCUUGACGUGAACAUUCGCGCCCCGGGUAAGCUCAGCAAGUUACUCGCGGAGAUGCGAGACGGCAAGGGCAUCUCUUCCGAGUGUUGGCAGAUGUACCUGGAUCGCAUCAUGGAGCGGAACGACCAGAGACUUUCCGAGGGGAGUUCUCCUUUCAGUAAAUACGACUGGCAGUUCAUUGUUCAUCGCCACAAGAUCCGCGUGCAUCGCUCGCUCGUGAACGCCAAGGCAGCUACGUCUCGUGGGCAUAAGCCGCUAUUCAUCGCACAGGCCAGGGAUGAGGCGGUGCAUUCGAAAGAUGAUCGCAAAAUGCCACACGUCAGGGAAGAGCUUUUGCGCAGAGCGUCGCCCCGAGACACUCAAAGCUUGCCAGGCAUACUUCCACUGUACGUCGGGAUGCGGUUGACGUUCCAGGAGAAG